GAGGGGUGGGGGGCUUGGCUGGGAGGCUGAGAAGGACCGUGGAUCUGAGCGCAGAAGAAGAAGCAGCAGCAUCAGCAGAAGAAGAAGAAGAAGAAGAAGGGUCCUCAUCCGACACUUGCUCAUCACUGACAACUGCUCAGGAUUUCAGGCAUUCCCCUCACCCCUCACCUCCUCUGGCCUGACUGACCCACCAGCUCAUCACCAUGAACUACCUCCGCCGGCGCCUGUCAGACAGCAGCUUUGUGGCCAACCUCCCCAAUGGCUACAUGAUGGAUCUGCAGAGGCCAACCCCUCCAGGUUCAUCCACUUCAUCUCCCGCUUCCCCGGCCACAGAGAGGCGGCAGCCUCCGAGCAUCCCGAGUCAGACCCAGGGCUCGGGCUCAGCCUCAGGCCCGACUUCGGGCUCGACUUCGGGCUCAGGGAGCUUCCUCAGCUCCUUCUCCAGCGUGGUGAAGAGUGCUCAGAUGGCCCAAAAUGUCGCUGCCGCUGCCCAUGCCAAAUCAGCAGCAACAGGAGCUGAAGGAGCCUCAACAGGAAGCAGUCAGCCACCUAAACCUGCCAUACGCAAGCCCAAGAUCCUGCUGGUCAUCGAUGAUCAGCACACAGACUGGGCAAAGUAUUUUCGAGGGAAGAAGCUGAACGGAGAGUAUGAGAUCCGGGUGGAGCAGGCGGAGUUCUCAGAGAUCAACCUGGCCUCCUACGUCAACUCGGGAUGUAUGAUGGACAUGCAGGUCAACAAAGGUGGCACCAAAGUGGUCAGGUCCUUCAAGCCAGACUUUGCCCUGAUUCGCCAGCAUGCCUAUAGCAUGAUCCCCGGUGAGGACUUCAGGAACCUUGUGAUCGGCCUGCAUUUCGGCGGUGUCCCAAGCAUCAACUCUCUAUUCUCCAUCUACAACUUCUGCAGCAAACCUUGGGUGUUUUCUCAGAUGAUUAAGCUCUACCACUCCCUUGGUCCGGAAAAAUUCCCCCUGAAUGAACAAACCUUCUAUCCCAACCACACGCAGAUGGUUACAACCCCUUCCUACCCCGUGGUGGUCAAGAUGGGGCACGCCCAUGCUGGCAUGGGAAAGAUCAAAGUUGAAAACCAACAGGACUUCCAGGACAUCACCAGCGUGGUGGCUCUAGCCGGGACCUACGCCACCACUGAGCCCUACGUCCAGUCCAAGUACGAUAUCCGCAUCCAGAAGAUUGGCAACAACUACAAGGCUUACAUGAGAACGUCCAUCUCUGGGAAUUGGAAGGCUAACACAGGCUCUGCCAUGUUGGAACAGAUUGCAAUGACUGACAGAUAUCGUAUGUGGGUGGACUCCUGCGCUGAGAUGUUUGGUGGCCUAGACAUCUGUGCAGUGAAGGCCGUCCAUGGAAAAGACGGCAACGACUAUAUCAUUGAGGUGAUGGACAGCUCCAUGCCCCUGAUUGGUGAACACGUGGAGGAAGAUAAACAGCUGAUCACAGAGCUGGUCAUCAACAAGAUGGCCCACGUGCUGCUGGGAGUUUCCACACCUCAGCCCUCCUCUGUCAAGACCACACAGCCCAGACGAGGGGGACACCGCUCUGGUUCCGCCUCUCCAUCCCAGUCGGCCCAGGGUUCACCUCAGCGAGCCCGGUCAGCCACCACCUCACCCAGCCAGGCCUUCCAGCCUGGUCCCAUCCCUGCCUCCUCCGGGCCUGGAGCUCAGAAACAGUCACCACAGCUGAACAAAUCCCAGUCGCUGACCAACACCUUCACAGAAACAUUACGAGGAAGCCAGACUGACGACGAGGCCAAAGCUGAGACCAUCCGCAGCCUCCGACAGUCCUUCGCCAGCCUCUUCUCUGACUAAAAGCCUCCCCAGAAGCUUUCUCAUCCUGUCAUUUGUCAGGUUCGGAAAAAAAAAAACCCUGACUGGUUAAUCUGUUAUGGAGUGUCCUUCCUCCUCAGAGCCUCUGCUUCCUGUUCCUGCCCUUUCCUUCUCACUGUUUGUGAAGUUUAAAACCUGGUGCAACCUGCUGUCCUCAGAUCAACGAUUCAUUUAUCAUUAGAAAGGCCAGUGGAUUUUGGGGUUCUUAGAUGAAGGCCACCAAGGUGUUGACUGAAGAUGUCCAAUUUUAAAAACUGACAUAUUUGCAUCUGUCUUCCUUACAGGAGAUUUUAAGAGAUGUAGGAUGUCAGUGCAGGUGCAGAAUCAAAUCCCAUUUAAAGUUCGCUAACUUUUACUCAGCUUGAUGAUCUUGUCUGUUUCCUCUUUGCUGUUCAUGCCACUUAAGAACAGGUGAAGAAAUAGAUCCAUAUAAGUAUCAGUCCAGCCAUUAAUUUGGCUUUCCCUACAUGCUUCUGCAUCUGUCUCCUUAUACCCAUAAUCAUGUUUUUAUAGAACAGCACUGCAGUCAUCAUGUUAGAGGACUGACACAUUUUCAGGCACCUUGAUGCUGUAAUUUGGUGUGUUUAAAGUUCAAACAGAGUUGAAUAGCAUCUAUAAAAACACGUAAAUGCCGGCUUGUCCUUUCUAGUGGUGAAUAAUUACAGUAAAUAUUCGUAAUCUAGCUCAUACUGCUUGGUAUAUAGUCGUUUUCCUGCAUUCUGUUCAACCAGUGAAACUGUUCAUUAUUGGGUCACGUCGGAUUUGUUGAUAUAUACAUUUAUUUAUUAAAAUAAAUUUCUUUUAAUUAUUUUAAUUGACUCACAGCUUCCAAACUGUUUGCAGAUGUCUACGGCAAUAUUCUUAUCUGAAACUGUUCCGGUUAACUCAUGAGAAAUGUACUGAAUCCUCACGGUUCACCAGCGAUUUUGAGCAUCUUGCCAGCAGCCACAUUUCUCAGACAUCCAUGUGCUGUAGACACAUAUUGGCUUACGUAGUAACUCCUCUGCCUAACAUUACCAAAGUGCUUUUACAUAAAAACAGAAAAAAUCCCCCCCUGCACUGGGUCUAGAAAACAAUCACACAGCGAACCAACCUUUGAGCUUGUGAUUUCGCAAGGUGCAAAUGCUGUACUGGCUUACAGCCAUCGUCUUCCAUCACAGCCCACAGAUCUUCCCCUGCAAUUCUUCUUUUUCUUACUGUUUUGUGCUUUGUGAAUAGCACUAUGGUGUAUUUUCUGUGGGGGAUUUGUAUCAUAAUUACUACUGCUAUGUGUUUAAAGGCGAACAGUGACGAUGUAAUAUUUUCAGACUUUUAAUGUGCUUAAAUUUCCACUGAGUCAGAAAAGGUUUGGUUGUGUAACAUCACAUCUUGUAUCUUUAUUCUCCUUUGUUCUCCAGCGUCAGCUGGGAUUGCAGAUCAUUUCUCAUCAUCCUGUUUUUGCUUUUGGUCAAAUGGUGUGCAUGCAACAUCUGCAAUGGUAGCAAAGCAGACGUCCUCUUCCAACGUCGAUCCUGCUUUGGAGCUGCAUGUAAAUGUUUAGUGAAUGUCGUACGUAGAGUCCAAUUGGUGUUUUCUAACAGAAAACCAACACAAGCUCAUGAUCGUAACUAUUCUAUUCUAUUCCACAGCGAAAACAAUGGUAACCCUUUAUUUUAUGGGUGCUGUAAUUUCUUAAUAACUUCGUAUGAAGUUCCAAUGUAAUUUGGUGCAAAUUAUAGCGAAAAUAUAGACUGUUUUGAGAAAGUACUUAUGUCAUAGUUAUCCACAACCAGGAAAUGUUAAUGUCUUCAGAUUUAAUGACUAAACAAAUUGACAAAGAUCCAUUAUAAUCUAUGUAAAUAGUCAUUUAUUUGAUGGAACCCUCAUUUUAUGCUAAAAUAUUGGUAAAAGAAGUUUAAGAUACCAGGAAACCUUCGGGGAUCAAUAAAGUAUUUCUGAUUCUGAAACAACGUUCUUCUAUUUCAAAGAAAUAAUUAGGAAACUACAAGGACCGUAAAGUAAAUUGUUAGCAAUGUAAUUUUUUUCCUAAAAUAAUUCCUUUGUGCAUUCACAGUGCAACAGUUUGUUGCAUCAAGCUUACAGGAGGAGAUUGACUGUAUAUUUGGCUUUCCAUGCAGAGCGCAUUCACAAUCUAAUAAUCUGUAAAUUGCUCUUUUAGCAGGAAAUUAUGAAGCCGUCUUGUAGUUGGCUCUUUAAUUACCUGUGCUACAUAUCUAGGCUCAUCUGUGAAUGAGCCUAGAUAUGUUUUUUUUCUAUCGUUUCAUUUAGAGGGACCUGGACAAAAAAAUGAAUUAUAAUCCAUAGUCCAUCCUAUUUUUUGUUCAAAUGCCCCAAACAGAAAUCAGUGUGACUGCAGUGCGUUACUGAGGGGACAUUUGAAUAUCUGUGAGCAGUACGCAGUAGUUUAAAUGGACCUGUCAUGAUUCCAAAGCUGUUAUUGUUCUUUUCACAACAACAACAAUAAUAAUAAUAAUAAUAAUAACAAUAAUGGCCUACAUUUUAAGGUAAAAUUUAUUCAAAUGCAUGAAGCUGUAUAAAAUUUAUGAUGGUGUGUGUGGGUGUGUAUGUGUGUGUAAAGUUGUAAAUUUGCCAUUAUGAUUAAUAAUGAUACCAACCACAAAAAAGAACUGCCCAUUUCUGCAAUAAUUAUGGUGAUAAUAGGUUUUACGUCAUUUUGAUUUCAAACUACGAAGCGUGACACUUUAAGAGAAGCUGUUACUACUUUUACCAGGCUUUUAUUUGGUGUUUUGCCUUCCAGUCUCACUGGCAGAAAUAUGAAAGAACUAACAUUGUUUGUUCAUUACGCUAAAUAAGCGCAAUGCCUUAGCUUGAAUACACACUAUAGUGCUCGUUACCAAAAACCGUAUUAAGCAAUGAUCGGGAUUGUAGUAUUCCUUCUACAAACAGUUCCUCUGGAGGGAAAAAUAUUCGGAUUGAUUUAUAUUUAUCGUCAGUGGGAAUCACAGUUGUUAGUCUAGUUAAUUGACUGUUUGCUAAGCCCCGCCCUCAUAGUUACUGUUGCUACCUGUCAAGCUUUCCAUUCUUGUUCGGUAAAUAUGCAGUUUACAAUGAUAAUGGUGAAAGUUUUAUCACUUUAAGUGUUUGAGUGACAUUUUUGAAACAGUGGGUCCUUGAUUUCAGUAAAAAGCAGCUUUUCAGUGAAAUGACAUUUCUCAGCUGAAAUGACAACUGUCACUAACAGAUGUUAUCAGCUGUCAGAUAGCUAGCUAAUUAAGCUAACGUUAGCUCCAUGAGUUGGUUGAAAAUGUUGUCUACCUGACUUCUUAAUGUUUCCAGCUGACUCGAUUUAAGUUACUCUUUAAUGUAAUGAGAGUAAACGCUUUUAAGAUGAGGACUAAAAAAUAUGUUUUGCAAACUUAAUGCUAUCUCGGGUAAUGUUGGCUGGGGUUUCUAGUCUAGUGGGGAUUUUUUCUUUCCUUUCUUUUCUUUUUUUUUUUAAUGUAACCUACAACCCCCCAAGUAAUGUCAAAUGAAAUACUCCUUAUCCCUGGAAAUAACACAGGUUUAGGUUACCGGUGUAGGCAGUAAGCUAGCUCGCCGGACAUGCUAAAGUUAGCUGCUUACAUUAAAGCAGAUAAACACACUGUUUAAUCAAUUCCCUGUAGUUUUGUUUUUGGACAAACGCUGUGCAGGGCAGGGGUUUAGUGAAUGAUUAAUUAACCUGCUCAUCUGCCAACAUCAAGAAGUCUGUGCUAGUGAUCUUUUACUUUAUUGCCAUUUGUUUGACAACACUGUGAUUCUUCUGCUUGCUCCAACCAGGCAUUGGUUGUAAUAAUUCUGCCUUAAGGAUUGUUUGUAAAAGCAAAAUUCUGAUCUGCAGUCAGCUUUAUCUCUGACUUAAUGCAGUGUAUUGUCAUUGAGCACUUUUGCAAGCGUUUCAUCACCUUUGGCACUGUGUCAAAAUGGACCAAAUUAGCAUUUCAUUGUGAGACCCCUUGAUGGUUUAAAUCACAUUGUUUUGUGUUUAUUGUAAUGAUGCAUACCACUUAGUGUGAUAAGCCAUAACCAAACCAUGAGGAUUUAUGUGCCACGCAAUAAUGGCUGUGACAUCACUGAUAAACUGACAUAUUACCUUAAAUCACUGUGUCUGUUUACUUUAAGGAUUUUAGGAGGCCUGUCCUGCAGAGGCUCACAGUAGUAACUGUUUUUGAUUUUGAGUUAAAAUCAAGAGACACAGAUUAUUAUAUUUUAAUUAUGUGCUACUAGUACUUGUGUCAGGAUGAACUUUGAUGUCACUUUUCUCAGUUUUACUGCAAUUUGGGUGUAAAAAUGCAGUUUAGGAUCCAGCUGAUGCCAUACAUAUACCCAUCUACUGGGUCAGAUUAUAUUCAAUGACCAGAUGUCAGAUGAUUUUAGUUUCUCACCAGUGUAGGUUUGCUUUUUUUAAUUUAGGGCCAGACUAAGUCUCUCAUUCAGCUGCUACAGCACAACACACCUGAUAUUUUUGAUUUGACUCAAUUCGAACUGAGCUGCAAAGUUUAUGUGUUUCUACCUCAAGUUCUGCAGAAACUGACUAUAGAGUGGUAGCACUGGAAAAGAUUUUGUGAAACGAGCAGUGUUUCAGAUCAUAAUUAAGAGCGUGUUAGUGCAAGAAAAGGGAGAGACAAUUGCUCCCUCAGCCAGAAGGGAUUAGUUUGAUACAUGGACCUUAGAAAAACAACAAUGUAGUGUCUGUGACAUCAACCUGUGGAAGAUCGGCGUCUAGAUUUCCUGCAACAUCCAACAUAGGCAGCAGGAUGGAGAUGUGGGAUGUGGAUGAAGACGCGGUCACCCAACCACUCCCCAAACAUACUCCUUUAUUAAGUCUUAGUAACCCUUUAACGGAACUAUAAUUUGGUGCAAUGCAUAAAACUACAAAAUCCUUAACAUUUUUGACUUUGUAUUUCUGGAAAGAAGAUGCCGUUGAGGCCCACAGCUCAUUUUUGCCCCGGGGCCCCCUAGCAGGCUAAUCCGGCCCUGGUACCUAUUUUUGUUUCUUGCUUUUUUGGUGCCAGCAUGUAGUGGGCAUUAGAGCAAUACGUUUGACAGGAAUUUUCACAUCAAGAAGAAACUGAGGUUUAAAUAGAGAUAUCUUUUGAGGUCUUUUGCUUGAUUGACAGCUGUCUCAGCCUAUCACAGCCUCAGCUCCGAAAACAACUACCUUCAAAAACGUAUCUUUAAAAACCCGUUGUUGAUGUCACAGAUGCUGCAUCCCUGUUCUUUAACAGUGUGUGCAGGACUUUGUGAGACAGAGUUGCAUCACUUCACCCCAUCUUUUCUCUUAUCACGUGAUUUCAGUUAAACGUGACAUAAUUUGGAGAAAAGGCAAUACUCUGCUAUGUUUUACAUUUCUUUUUCUUUUAGUCAUGACAUGGUUCAGUCACAGGCUCAACUUCAGGUGUGUUGAACUGAUACAUAAUCUAACACUGAAUUGAAUAUGCAGCCACAGAGACUUGCCAUUAAGUACAGCUAAUGCUGCAAGGAAAAUCAAGUCCACUUUAAAUGUGCCAUUUGUAAAUGAGAGAUAUAAUGUCAUUGCACAGGUUUAUUUGCCUAUCUUUCAGUCCACUAUGUCCCUUCCUCUUUGCUGAAUGGUGGAUGGUAUUGUAUGGUAUUUUAAGUGUAUUAACGUUCUGUAUAUUGGUGUAAAUGUGGCAUGAAAACCAACCCCUCCUGUGUGCCUCAGGUGUGUAAAUUUGGUCGUUAUGUGAUCUUAAUGUCUGGCUGCUUAUUUGUGAGAAGUGUGAUGCAUCUCAUGUGUUUCUGUAAUUUAUUAGUAUUAAGAUUAUUUUGUUUUCUGUAUUUUUGUUCUUUUGUCUGAAAAUCAAGAUUUCUGUUAUUAAAGGUAACAACUUUUAUUAUA